AUGACAAAUAUCGAAUCACACCAAGACCCUUUUCCACAAGAUGACAUUUUACUGCCAUUUACAAACGAAUCCAACAAGGAAAACUCCCCAACACCAUCACUUGGUCAAUUGGAAGACUUUCCUUUCGAAUUAUUAAUUUCCAUUGCAACCCAUUUGAACGGAAAGGACAUUUAUUCAUUGUCAAAAGUCAAUUCAGUGUUUUUAAAAUUAUUGUUCAAUCAGACAAGUUCUAGAAUUGCAAAAGUGUUGCUUCCAUACAAGAUAGAAGGAAGAAAUCAAAAAUUAAAUUCAUUUUCCAUUCUAAGACAAAGAUCAACAGCUUUCGAAUAUAGAAAAGAUGAGCUAGAUCAGCAACUCUUCAACAUGGUCCAAGAAAGAAUUUGGAAACCACUUGUUUGUUAUUAUUUUCCAAGAUUUAACAUUGGACUUGAUGUCAAAAAUUGGAUGCACUUAUUAAGGAGAAGAAUUGCUCAUUUGCAAGUCAACUCGCCACAUUAUUUACCUCUGACUAAACAUGAACCUAUUAAGAGACCUCUAAAAGAGGGAGAAACUAAACCUCCAGUCAAAUUUAAUCCGUAUAUGGAUCCUUUCGAAUGGGCAACAAAAAUGGAAGAACGAAACCCAUACGAAAUUGAUGGAAUUGAAAAUUGUGAGUGGGUCUAUAAGUGUCCAAUGGAUUAUGAUUCCAUGAUUGAAGAUGAUCCAGAGAAGAGGUUUUGUACUAAUUGUGGAAAACAUGUUUAUAAGGUUUAUUCUCAGGACGAUGUGGAAUCUCAUUCGAAAUUGGGACAUUGUAUUGUAAUGAUGAAAUUGGAAAUGCCUCCUAUUCCACCAGUUCUUGGAAUGCCUGUUUUCCUGCCUCCUACUCCUCCACCACCAGCUCAGUAA